AUGUGGUACUCCACCUGUCACCAUACAAGUAAUAGUUUUAUAGAAUGAAAUAUGGAUUUGGAAAAUCUUGAUACCUACUUUAUCGCCGAACGUUUGGAAAGUGGCAGUGGAGAUUCGGGCGAAUCGGAAAGCUCUGAUAAUGGUGGUGGCAUCGAUGAUGAUUCUAGUAGUUUGAGUUCGCGCACCACUGGUGGUAAUGGUUGUGGCAACCCCUUCUCUCGACCUGAGAAUAAUCUUUUAAAAGGGUUGGUGGCUGCGCCACAGUUUAAAGAUCGUUUCGAACAGCAAGUACAACAGCGUUGGACAAAGGAAGAGGAUGAAAAAGUUGUUGAACUAGUACGACGAUUCGGUCUAAAAAAAUGGACAUUAAUUUCGCGUUACUUUAAUGAUCGAAUUGGUAAACAAUGCCGUGAACGUUGGUACAAUCAUCUCAACCCCAAUGUUAAGAAAACUGCAUGGACGGAAGAGGAGGAUCGUAUAAUUUUUAAUGCUCAUAUGGAAUGGGGCAAUCAGUGGGCGAAAAUAGCUAAGCUACUACCAGGACGUACAGAUAAUGCCGUAAAGAACCACUGGAACUCCACCAUGAAACGGAAAUUAGAUCCACAUCGCUUAAGAGUUCUAAGACGCCUGUAUCCUGAUUUACAAGAUUAUCGAUCAAAUCUGAAAGCUCUGAUAAAAGCGAGUGUCGCUGCAUCUACACAACCGCAAGUGCAAAACGAACAGAGUCAUGAGCAGCCGAGUACAUCGGCCGUUGCGGCAAUGCAAAUAUCAGCACAGCAGCAAGCCGCUAAGCCACCACCUACACGCCCACCACCAAAUAUAUUGAAGCGUGCGCGUCCGCAAACAAAACUAGAACAACAAUACUUAGAAAUGUGCACAACAAAUUCAACAAGUGGCUUCGAUAAUAUGGGUGUAAUUUCCCGUCAGUGGUUAAAAUCGCAAGCGAAAUUACCAGAGUCACCAGUUAUCACACAUAUAAAACCCUUACCAAUUUCCCCAUCACAAUUUUUCAAUUCGCCAUCCUAUGAAGACAUAAGCUUACGUGCCAGCACGCCUGCACACAAAGGUAGUGGGCGACCCGGAGUAGAAAUCAAAAAGGAGUUGGAAAGUUCAUCAAUUGAAACGCCCCAUAGAAGUAUUUUAGGUCCACGUACGCCAACAACUUUCAAGGAUGAUCCAACUGCUGCCGAUGUACUUGUUCAUGACGAACAAGUGAAUGACCCAGACUCUAGAAAUACCGUUUGUGGUGGUGGUUCCACAAUACAACCAACAAAGAAGGCACGAAAGUCAUUGAUUACCAGCUGGAGUGAAAAUGUUAUGCCCAGCAUGGGUGUCAAACAUGAAAAGAAACCAUUACCUUACGAAACUGAGGCUCGGAGUAAAUUUCUUACAUCUAACGAGUCAAUUGCUUUCUCACCCACAACUAUAAUUAUGAAAGAUACCUUAUGCAGUGAGGCUGACUUACUACUUGAAACCAAGGAAGAAGCCAAAAAAGAAAAUAGUCCCCAACAGCGAAAAUGUCAGCAACAACAGAGUCAAAAUGUAUUGUCGAUAUUGCCGCCGCGUGAACGCAAUAGACAACAAUAUUUGGAUCCCAAAUGGAGGCGUUUAGCAUGCGGCCAAACCAAGGAUCAACAAUUCAUGGUGCAACAAGCGCAUGCAUGCUUAAAGAAUCUGUCGCUAAUGCCGCGCUCACAGAAGCAAAAAUGACGUGAACACAAAGGGGAAACUUUUCGAGGCAAUUUACUAAACAUAAUUGUUGAUUAAAUAGGUAUAGGCUUAAGAAAAUACCAUACAUGUGUACACACAUUCUUUGAUGUGAGUACACACAUAUAUUUACGAGAUUUACUUAUUUUUUAAAUUAUU